UCGUUUUUGGACUUUACUUGUCGCUCCACGUUUCACGUUCGUCGCCUCAGUCUUUCGUUCUUUGAAUCUGUGUAUAGAAAGCAGCUAAGCAACAUGAAAUACGCAGUCAUCGCUCUUGCCCUUUUCGUGGUCGUGCACGCCGCUUCCGAAGCUGGACAGUAUGUGCCGGGAGCAACCUUCACAUUGGACUCGGAGGGUCAUCAGUCGGAGGUGCAUCCAGUCAGUGCACGCUUGCUGAGGCGUUUGCGCCGUCAGUCGUCAUUUUCGUUAUCCUCAUCAUCGUCAAGCUCCUCAUCGGAUAAUGGUGUCGUGCACCAACAGUCGACGGUUUCGAAGGUGAAUGAGGAUGGCUCCAAAGUUGUGCAAGCAACCAUUGCGCAUUAUGAGCCAACUGUUGUGUUAGCACAACGCUUCGGCGAGGAUUCGCCAACAAGCGGUUUCAGCAAUACGGCUGGUAGUGGGUCCCGCCCCCAAGCACAUAUUACUCACAUUUCGCAGACCACAGAUGCCAAGGGUCAUACCAAUCAGAAGGUGAAUCAACACUAUCUUCACCAAGAUGGACAAUGGCAUCACAGAGAGACAACUAACUAAUCCUAUCCAUAGAAUUAAGGCCUCUGGCCAAUGGAAGUGUAAUACGAAUUAAAUUUCACAUCACAUCCA